AUUAUUUAGCGUCGUUUCCCUUUUAUCAUCAUCUUCAGAUCCCUUCCUCUCUCUCUCUCUCUCUCUCUCUCUCUCUCCAAUUUACUUAAAAGCUCCAUUUUCGGAACCAGCGAACUAUAAAUCAAAGUGAAAAACCCUAGAAAGCGAGAAGAAUUUCAAAUCUGACCAAUCUGAAUGAGAGAUUCAAAUUCAGUAUCAGGUUUUCGCGUAAUGCUCCAGCACUGAGCUAGAGGAGGGGGGGGAUUUUGCAUAAAUUGAGUUUGGAGGGGCGAGCUCGCUGAUCCGGUAUGGGUAUUUGCACCUCCAAACCCUCGACGCAUACCAUUGUCUCCGGCAGUGAUCCUACUAUUCAGGACGGCAACGCCGUUCCUACUGUAGAUGAUGCGAAACCAGCUGAUAAUGCCGAGAGCCAGCAAAGGAAGAAGCAGGAGGAGGCCGAAGUAGGUAAGAAAUCCCCUUUCUUCCCGUUUUACAGCCCGAGUCCGGCGCACUACUUGUUCUCCAAGAAGUCUCCGGCGAGAUCUUCGGCCAAUUCGACGCCGAAGCGGUUCUUCAAGCGGCCAUUCCCGCCUCCGUCUCCGGCAAAGCACAUUAAGGCGGUCUUGGCUAGGAGACACGGGUCGGUAAAGCCGAACGAGGCGGCGAUACCCGAGGGAAAUGAGGCGGAGGGGGCUGUGGCUGGGCUCGACAAGAGUUUCGGGUUCUCGAAGCAUUUCGGGAACAAGUAUGAGCUUGGGGAGGAGGUGGGAAGGGGGCAUUUUGGGUAUACAUGCAAAGCCAAGUUCAAGAAAGGUGAACUUAAGGGACAAGAAGUUGCAGUCAAGGUCAUCCCAAAAGCGAAGAUGACGACUGCCAUAGCCAUUGAGGAUGUAAGAAGGGAGGUGAAAAUAUUGAGAGCUUUGACUGGGCAUAACAAUCUUGUCCAAUUUUAUGAUGCUUUUGAAGACCAUGAUAAUGUCUACAUAGUGAUGGAGUUGUGUGAAGGUGGAGAGCUUUUGGAUAAGAUACUGUUAAGGGGUGGCAAAUACACUGAAGAUGAUGCAAAAGCUGUCCUGAUUCAAAUACUGAAUGUUGUUUCUUUUUGCCAUCUCCAGGGUGUGGUUCACCGUGAUCUUAAGCCAGAGAAUUUCUUGUUUACAUCUAAGGAUGAUAACUCACAACUUAAGGCCAUAGAUUUUGGGUUGUCAGAUUUUGUGAAGCCAGAUGAAAGGCUCAAUGACAUAGUUGGUAGUGCAUACUAUGUGGCACCAGAAGUUUUGCAUAGGUCUUAUGGUACAGAGGCUGAUGUCUGGAGUAUAGGUGUUAUAGCUUAUAUUUUGUUGUGUGGAAGCCGUCCAUUUUGGGCUCGAACUGAAUCUGGGAUCUUUAGGGCUGUGCUAAAAGCUGAUCCAAGUUUUGAUGAACCUUGGCCUUCUAUAUCUUCUGAGGGAAAAGAAUUUGUCAAGCGCUUAUUGAACAAGGACCCUCGGAAAAGAUUGACAGCUGCACAAGCAUUGAGUCAUCCAUGGAUUAGAAAUAGCAAUGAUGUAAAAAUUUCCCUGGAUAUACUAAUAUUUAAACAAAUGAAGGUUUACAUGCGCUCAUCUGCUCUUCGGAAAGCUGCUCUGCGGGCCUUGGCAAAAACAUUGACAGUGGACGAGCUUUUUUAUUUGAAGGAACAGUUUGCAUUAUUGGAACCAAACAAAAAUGGCGCCAUAAGCUUAGACAAUAUCAAAAUGGCCUUGACAAAAAAUGCAACAGAUGCUAUGAAGGAAUCUCGUGUCCUUGAAUUUCUGGCAUCGCUUAAUGCACUCCAGUAUAGAAGAAUGGAUUUUGAGGAAUUCUGUGCAGCUGCACUAAGUGUCCAUCAGCUUGAGGCUCUUGACCGAUGGGAGCAACAUGCUCGCUGUGCUUAUGAACUUUUUGAGAAGGAUGGUAACCGGGCUAUUGUCAUUGAGGAACUGGCUUCGGAACUAGGUGUUAGCCCAUCUGUCCCAGUUCACGCCGUUCUUCAUGACUGGAUUAGGCACACUGAUGGGAAGCUGAGUUUCCUUGGCUUUGUCAAGUUGUUGCAUGGUGUGUCCAGUCGGACGCUCGCAAAAGCUCAAUAGCACCCCGAGACGCACAGCGCCCUCGACUAUUGGUUUCUCUGUGCCUUCUAGCCAAUAAAAGUGGGGAAGAAGCAGCAAUUAAAAGACAAUUAAUCCUUCUCUUUGCUGGAAACUCAGUGCUGUAACAGAGGCACAGAACUCCAUUUGGAGGCGCUACCACGGUAGCAGCAAGCUUAAAUAUAAUUCUUCUCCAUUUGAGAGGGAUGGUUCUUAUAGGAGUUGACUGUAGUGCCAUUUGAUUUGAUGAGCAACCAACGAAGCAUGGGAAUCCGUGUUUCACUCUUUGUAAAGUUGUAGUUAGAUUACGGGUCUCCAAUUGCAGGCAAAAGUAUUUCUCAGUUGGUUACAUAUACAUUCAUACAUAAUGUUCCUUAAUUUCUGACAUAUCGGACUGGCCUGUUGUGGUUCCGGAUUCCUCUGCUGUGCUGUCGUCAUAUCUUCUAGUUAAGGGAUUUCUGUUCCAACUUUGCUGCUUUUC